AUGCUGUUGUGCUCAUUGCUGAUCAUCUUUGUCACGGAACAGGCAGAUGAACUGAAGUUCCUGGCUCCCUCUUCUGUCUUUGAAGGAGACCGAAUAGUUCUGAUGUGCCAGAAUAAGAAUAACUGGAAAAUAAAGACUGUGACUUAUUACAAGAAUAAAAAACAGGUGUUUUUGACAAAUGCAGCUUCAAACUUCAUUAUACAAAGUGUAGCUCUGAGGGACAGUGGCAAGUAUCAUUGUACUGUUACUCAAAGAAAAUCAUGGACAAAAUGAGCAACUUCAAGAAUAGUAGAGAUGGAAGUCUGAGAGCUGUUUCCACAUCCUGUGCUGACAGCCAGACCCUCCUGGCCCACUGAGGGGAGCCCAGUCACCCUGACUUGUGUGACCUGGUUAUCUCCACAGAGGUCAGAUGUUCAGCUCCAAUUUCGCUUUUUCAGAGAUAGUAGGGUCUUGGGGCCAGGCUGGAGCAGCUCCCCAGAGCUCCAAAUCCCAACCAUGUGGAAUGAAGAUUCAGGGUCUUACUGGUGCCAGGUAGAGAACACACACAGCAUCAGAAAACAGAGCUACCUGUCCCAGAUUCAAGUGCAGAGAGUCCUACUCUCCAACGUAAGCUUACAGUCAGCGAGCCCUGGGGGACAGGUGAUUGAAGGAGGGAGUCUCAUCCUACUGUGCUCAGUGGCUGAGGGCAUGGGAAACAUCACGUUUUCCUGACACAGAGAGACCACAGGAUACAGUGUGGGAACGAAGACACAGCGUUGCCUGUCAGCAGAGCUGGAGGUCCCUACUGUGAAGGAGAGUGAUGCUGGUGAAUAUUACUGCAGAGCUGACAAUGGUCAUGAUCCCAUCCAGAGCAAGGUGGUGAAAAUCCCUGUAAAAAUUCCAGUGUCCCGCCCUGUGCUCACCCUCGGGGCUUUUGUCCAGGCUGCGGUGGGGGACGUGGUGGAGCUUUACUGUGAUGCCAAGAGGGGGUCUCCCCCCAUCCUGUAUCGGUUUUAUCAUGAGGAUGUCACCCUGGGAAAUAGCUCAGCCCCCUCUGGAGGAGGGUUGUCUGUCAAUCUUUCUCUAACCACAGAACAUUCUGGAAACUACACCUGUGAGGCUGAUAAUGGCCUGGGAGCCCAGUGCAGUGAGAUGGUGCCAUUCUUCAUUUCAGGGACUGAUGCCUACAGAGGAGACCUCGUCACAGCCAGAGUUCUUGGGGUUUUAUCUGGUAUCCUUGGUUUCAUUGCUGUUACUCUGUUUCAUUGCUGUUUUACUGUUGGCCUAAGACAUCAGGUUCCCACCAAAGUGCCUUAG